AUGGAAGAAACUCACUUAUUACCAUUACAUUCUUUAACUCAAGAAAUUGAUAUCGAGUCUGACUCUUCAAUUAGUUCAGACGACGAAGUAAUUGAAAAUGUUAUUCGAAUGCUUGAUAAUGUAAUAGAUUUAACGGAUAUUACCAACGAAUUACAAGACAAUAAAGAAGAUGAUGAUCAACAACAAGCUGAAAUUGACAUUCCAAUAUCUUCCAUGAGUGAUACAACAACUAAUCUGAUUCAACCAACAAAAUCUCAUUACAGCAACGACAAAUCCAUCGAAAAUUCUUCUUCAAAACGUCGAUCUUGGACUGUUCAAGAAAAACUAAAUGUUAUCAAUGCAUUUAAAAAAUGCAAAAAUAUUUCUGAAGUUAGUCGACAACAUCAUUAUGAUCGAAAACAGAUUCGGGAAUGA